AGAGAGAGGGAGGAUGAACAUCAAGCCAUAAGAGGUUAGAGGUUAGAGAGAGAAACUACCAGCCUGGGUGAAAAGGUGGUAAAUCAGAGAGCUCACUUGCUAUAGCUCAAGCUCCCUAACAGACUUUUAAAAACAGACAGAACCAGUAUCAAAUGAGUCGCUGGAUUCCCAGUCUGCAGCUUGUACAGUGAAGACCAAAAGGCUUGCCUGCAGUAAAAAGUUGAAGGUGAGACACACAAAGAGGGGAGAGUUGGGACUUGGGAGCAGAACAAAAAAGCAGAUCCGGAGAGGAUUGGUGUGAUGGAAAACCUGCCUGUCUACCACGGACCCAUCGGCAAAGAAGAGGGGGAGAGGCGGCUGGCGCAGGACGGGCGGGAGGGGUGCUACCUUAUCCGCAACAGUGACUCUGUGCCUGGUGUCUACUGCCUAUGUGUGCUGUGCAAAGGAUUUGUCUACACGUACAGACUCUGCAGGGAUGAAGGAGGCUCAUGGGCUGCAGAGACCACUCCUGGUGUGGCGAAAAGAUAUUUCCGCCAAAUCAAGAACUUGAUAGCAGCUUUCCAGACCUAAAAAGAAACAAAAAUGCCAUCUUUUCAUAAUGCCUAGUGUCACCUUUGACAUGCUGUAAGCAAACUAAAUGUCACAUUUUUCUUUUACCUCAUGGAAACGUUCCAAUUAAUCCGCUCCUGUUUGUUAAAUUCAAGUCAUUUAGGUCUUGUGACUUAGAGCUUUGUAUAUUCGCAGUAUUUUUUUCUUCUUCCUUCUUUUUUUUUUUGGUGCAUAUGCAGUACAGAAACUGCCUCAUAACUUUCAGGGAUGUGAUGUAAAAUAUUCAACUGCAUGAAACAUUAAUAUCCAUUACUGCAUACAUAAGUUGACAACAGAUAUUGUGCUCUGUUUUCUUAAUGCAAUUCAGUGAUGUGAAUGGCAACGAAAAUAAAUGAUUGGUUGA